UCUCAUCAGUCUGUUCAUCUCCUAGUUUAAUUCAAUCACCACCAUCACCAUGCACAUCAAAACCAUCGCCAUCGUCGGGCCCCGCGGCAACGUCGGCACCGCCUUGAUCACCGAACUCCUCGCCAACCCAGCCGAAUUCACCAUCACGGCCUUAACCCGUUCGAACUCUCCCUACACGCCUCAGUCCGCGGCUAUUGAAGUCAUAGAGGUCGACUUUACCUCCUUGGACUCUUUGACGACUGCCCUGAAAGGCCAAGAUGCAAUCGCCAUUUGCAUCCCCGGCGGCGCCGUCCGCCUCGAUUCCCAGAAGCUGUUAUUGGACGCGGCCAUCGCAGCAGGCGUUAAGCUCUUCUUCGCAGACGAGUAUGUCUCCAACAUCCGCAAUCCAGCAUACGUCGCCAUGCCGGCGCAGUUUGUGGGGGACAAGAUCGCAGUGAGGGCGAUGUUGGAGGAGCGGAGUGCGAAGGGGGAGAUCUGCUGGACGGCGUUGAACGGCGGGCCUUUUUUUGAUAUGUGGCUCACGAAAGGUCCAGCGGGUUUCGAUAUUCCGAAUCGCCUAGCUCGUGUCUACGGCACUGGUGACAAUCAGGCUUGUUGGACGCCGCUGCCUGUCAUGGGGCGCGCUGCGGCAAACAUGCUGCGGAACCCGGGUCCGUUUCUCAACCGGGCGCUCUUUAUUUCUGGCGUCAAGGGGCUGUCGCAGAAUGCAUUGCUCGUGGCAUUGGAGGAGCAAGUUGGGAAGUUCGAGGUCACGCACGUGGACGUGAAGAAGAUCAAGCGGGAAGCGGAGGAGGCGGGGAAGAAAGGGGAGGUGGGGAAGUGGAUGAAAGGGAUGACGGUCAAUUCGAACUUCAACGAGGAGGAGAGCCAUUCGGACUUCUGGCAUUUGGUGGAGAAUGACCUCGUCGGUGUGGAAGCUGUUAGUGUGGGAGAGGCGGUUAGGGAGACGCUUGAGAGGUGUGGGAGGAAUGUCAAGGUUGUGGAGGCUUUGUUUCGGGUUGGCGAGGAGUGAGUUCUGAUUUACACUCACAGGAUCGUGACAUCAUGCAGUCUCAGAAAUGGAACCUCCGGGGGUGUCUCCAGGGCGCAGGAAGGUGUGCUAGUCGUAUGGGCAAAUGGUGUGAUUCGCCGUGGCAGUCAAGAUAUAGCGAAUCCACAACCUAGUGUCGUUGCUCUAAUUCGCACUCUUCAUACCAUUACAUCUUAUAGUCCCCCCCGGGGGUGCCUUUAAGGCAUAUGAAGGUGUGCAGUUCUUGUAGACAAUAGAUCUGAUUUGCAGUGG